AUGUCUGCGCCACAAAUAACAUGCGACCACGUCCACAACUCCGUCGUUCGCUGUGCGGAAGACACCUACUGCUGCCUCGACGGCCCAGAAUGCAACUGCACCACCCAAGACAACACACAUAAGAUCUUCGACUUCCUCCCACCCUACUCCUCCCUCGUCGGCUCCUCAGUCCCCCUCAACUCUGCCGUAGAGACUACAUCUCUAUUCACCCCAUCAGGCGCGAUCCGGCCGCCACCAACAACUGAUUCGACUGCAUCCAUCAAAUCGACCGGAUCAACCGCUGCGGCAAAUACUGGCACGCAAUCCACAGCUACUCCUGCGUCUACGUUCAGAUCUGGAUCAAGCUCUGGGUCUCCGUCAUCGUUGAUAAACCCUACAAGAACCGGAGAUGGGGCUGCAGGAUUCACUCUCGCGCCGCAAUCGCCUGUGAAAAAGACGAAAGAUGAUGAUAUCGGUAUGAAAAUCGGGCUGGGCGUGGGGAUUCCGUUAGCUGCCAUUGCGGUGUUUCUUGGUGCGUUGGUGUACCGUGUGUGGAUGAGGGGAGCUACCGCGAGUGCCGGUGCUGAUACCGGUGCCGACGCUGCUCGUUCGGGACAUAAUUCUAGAUACAGUUCUGUAUCUGGUGGUGAUGCUGGUGGCGGUAUCGCCGGCUUCUUCAAUAAGCUGUGGCGUAAGGAAGAUCCAACAUCCCGCAUUCCUAUGCUCGCAAAUACCUCACCAUCCGAAGUACGAGAUAUACCCAUGAACCACGCUGCGAAUGGUCCUGAAUUCUCGCUGGUACAUGGCUACUUUAAACCAGAUGCCGUCCCUGUAACGCAGACAGGCCACCAGGUUCAUGAAGUGCCUUGA